AUGAAGCUGAUUAGCGACCAAACGGGAGAAGACAUGCAAAAGCUGCUGCGGCGAAGCAUGGACAUCAGGAAUCCUUCAAAAACGAAGCGCGCCAAAGCUGAGCCGAAAGCUAAGGCAGAAGCUGCAGCCAAAGCAAAGGCCAAGUCUUCAGCGCGAGUGACCAAGGAGGAAGAGGUGGACGAAGAAAAAGAGCAGCCAACCGAGAAAUCCGAGGCUCCGGCAGAGAGCGCUGUGGAGCCGGCUGCGAAGACGGACGUGUCAGCAACGAAGUCAAGGAAGCGGCGGAAAGAGAUGGAUCCUGGCUACCUGGAUCCCGACACCUUCCUCCCGAAGGGAUGGUCAACGGUGGAGAAGCAGUACAAGACCGGCGGCUACAAGGGCAAGACGUAUGUUCGCUUCCAGUACAAUGGGGAAGGCGCACUGAUGUCUUCUAUUUCCGCGGUCAUAAACAGGCACCAUGAGAUGACUGGUGAAGACUUGAUGCCUUUGUACCUCCAAAUGAGGGCGGAGAAGAAAGCGCAGGUGCCGUCAGCAGAAGUGCGGAAGGAGAAACGCGAACAGCACGUCGCACUUUACCGUGCGCGCUUUCCGGCUUUGACUGGGGCCAUGGUCUGCGCUUUCCCAG